CGGGACAAUUUGUCGCGUUUCCCAAAUUUUCGUUGAUUAAUGGAUUGAAGAAGCCCCGAAAAUGUCCAAAAACUUUUCGGUGGGCGAUUACAUUUGGGUGAAUCCCCCGUCCAACGGGGAAUUCGAUAUACCCAUGGGCGGAAAGGUGUUGGCUAUUGAAGCGAAGAGGAUUCGGAUCAAAACGGAAUCCGAUUCAGAGUUCUUCGUUGGGAUGGAGCAGCUCGUCAAAACCAUGCAUCCUUCGUCGGUGAAGGGCGUGGAAGAUAUGAUAAAUCUUGGAGAUCUGCAGGAAUGUUCGAUCUUGAGGAAUCUGGAAAUGCGAUAUUCACAGAAAUUGAUUUAUACAUACACUGGAACUAUGUUGGUGGCGAUAAAUCCUUACGAAAUCUUGCCAAUUUACACGAAUAAUUUAAUCAAAGAAUACAGGAACCAACCUAUAGGUAACUUACCACCACACAUUUUUGCCAUCGGCGACAGCAGUUACUCAAGCAUGAAGGAAACGCACAAAGAUCAAUGCAUCGUGAUCAGUGGUGAGAGUGGAGCUGGAAAGACGGAGAGCACGAAAUUGAUCCUGCAGUAUUUGGCCGCUGUCAGUGGAAAGCAUUCGUGGAUCGAGCAGCAGAUUCUGGAGGCAAAUCCGAUCCUAGAAGCGUUUGGAAACGCCAAAACCGUGAGGAACGACAACAGCUCGCGUUUCGGCAAAUACAUAGACAUUAAUUUCAAUCGGGAAGGAGCCAUCGAGGGUGCAAAGAUUGAUCAAUAUUUGUUAGAGAAGAGCAGAAUAGUUUACUUGAAUGAAGGCGAAAGAAAUUACCACAUUUUCUACAGUCUACUCGAUGGGCUGACGAAAGAGGAAAAGAAAAAAUUAGACCUGGGUUCCGCCUCCGAUUACAAUUACCUGAACCAGGGAAAAACGUUGAAAUGCGAAGGACGAAACGAAGCGAAAGAAUUUGCUGAUAUUAGAAACGCUCUGAAAGUGCUCAACUUCAGCGAUGAAGACGUUAGCAGCAUGUUCAGUAUAUUGGCGGCAAUCCUCCAUUUGGGUAACAUCAAGUUUAAAGGCGUCAACGUUUCCAAUAUAGAAACAUCUCAGAUAUCUGACGGUAAUCUGUGCAACAAAAUCGCAGGUCUUUUAGGUAUCGAUAGCAAGGAUUUGAAUACGUCUUUGACGAAAAGAACGUUCUUCGCCAGCGGCGAAAGCGUCAUCAAGGAGUUGUCCAAGGGACAAGCGUCUGAAUCGAGAGACGCAUUCGUUAAAGGUAUUUACGGAAGAAUGUUCAUUUUCCUGGUCGACAAAAUCAACGAGACCAUAGAUCAAACAAAGAUGAAGCGGAAAUACUCGAUCGGCGUGUUGGAUAUCUUCGGUUUCGAGAAUUUCAACGUGAACAGCUUCGAGCAACUCUGCAUAAACUACGCAAACGAGAAUUUGCAACAAUUCUUCGUCCAGCACAUCUUCAAAAUGGAGCAAGAUUAUUACAAAGCAGAAGGCAUCGAUUGGAAGAACAUAUCUUACAUCGAUAACCAAGACGUACUGGACAUGAUCGGAAUGAAGUCGAUGAACGCAAUGAGUUUAAUUGAUGACGAGUCCAAGUUUCCCAAAGGCACCGAUUUCACGUUGCUCGACAAGAUGCACACGAACCACAGCAAGAACGCAAACUACAUCAAACCCAAGUCAGAUUUGGAACCACUUUUCGGCAUCAAGCAUUUCGCCGGAUCCGUUAAUUAUCAUGUACCAGGAUUUCUAGAGAAAAAUCGAGAUUCUUUUAGCGCGGAUCUCAAGAAACUGCUGAAGCUCAGCGAGAAUGACUUGUUGAGAAAAUUAUUCCAAGGCGAUUCCAGCGAUGACUCGGGUACUAAAAGAAAUUUCACGCUCUCCUCACAAUUCAGAACGUCUUUGGAUGUGCUCAUGAAAAGUUUAAAUCAGUGCCAUCCGUUCUUUGUCAGAUGCAUCAAACCCAACGAAUACAAAAGACCUAAGACUUUCGACCGAGCGUUGUGCACGAGGCAGCUGCGUUAUUCCGGUAUGAUGGAAACUGCAAAGAUCAGACAGGCCGGUUAUCCCAUCAGACAUACGCAUACCGAAUUCGUAAACAGAUUCAGAUUCUUGAGCAAAGGCGUCGGCCCAUCCCAUAAGACGGAUUGUAAAAGCGCGAGCAAACAAAUUUGUCAAGAUGUGUUUAAAGAUGGAGAGGAUUUCCAGGUUGGACACACCAGAGUGUUCUUGAAAGACCAUGAUAACGUCAGACUUGAAGACGAACGAUCGAAGGUAAUCAUGAAGUACGUCUUGACGAUUCAAAAGGCCGUUCGCGGUUGGAUAUGCAGAAAGAGAUUUGUUGAGUUGAGAGCCGCUUCCAUUAUCAUCCAGAAGUACUGGAGAGCGCGCGGUUUGCGCUCGAGAUUCUUGAAGAUCCGACACGGAUAUUACAGGAUAAAAGCGACAAUUCGCUCCAGACAGCUGACUUUCGAUUUCAAGAAUAUGCGUAAGAGAAUUGUAAAUCUGCAAGUGCUUGCCAAGGGUUACUUGGUCAGACAUAAAGGUAAGUUGGGCAAGAUCUUCGAGGCUGUCAGAUUGAGACGAGUCGAGGAGAAGCAGCUGAAGAAGUCCGGCAACAAGAAUUACAAGCAGAUUGCCGAAGUGGCGAUGCAGAAGCGUUUGGCUGAAUUGGAUUUGGAGUACCAGUUGAAGGAAGAACCGAAUGAGGAUCUGCAAGCUACGCAAUUGGUGGACGACGCGUUCAUAUUCCUCGACGAUUCGGAAACGGCGAAAACACCUACAGAGAAUAAACAGUUCCUGCCGAGGCGAGAUAAGGCUGAUAUCAAAUAUGACGAGGAUUUAUCCGAAUACAACUUCCAAAAGUACGCAUCGACUUUCUUCCAUUACACCAUUAACCACAAACACUCCAAGAAGCAGUUGAAGAUAUCCCUGCACGAGGUACUUCCAACUCCGGACGAUGUUAUUGCCGCUCAAGCGCUUUGGAUUACCAUCCUCAGAUUUAUGGGUGAUUACUCGGAACCCGCAUAUGAUCCAACCACAAAAGAAUCCGUAAUGACUCAGGUCAAUCAGACGGUGAGUCGCAGCUUCACCAAUCGUAAGGAAUUCCAAGAGAUUCUGAAGCAAGAGAAGGCUCAGGCUUCUAUGAGUAAAGCGGACAGACAGAAAUACAUCCGAAUGACCCUGAAGAGGAAAGAUAAAUUAUUGGAGGAUGUCAGAAAAGGUUUAGUCGAGGAUAGCUUUGCUCAUGAUAGCUACUCGAAGUGGAACAGGGAGCGCAGAAAGUACCUUGAAAAAUUGCAUUUUAUCAUCGGUCACGGAAUCCUUCGUCCCGAAUUAAGGGAUGAAAUUUACUGCCAAAUCUGCAAGCAACUGACAGACAACCAGACGAGCGCUUCAGUUAUCAAAGGAUGGAUUUUAAUGUCCCUCUGCGUGGGUUGCUUUGCGCCAAGCGAACGUUUUCUGAAAUAUCUAAAGCAAUUCAUCAGGUGCGGUCCUCAAGAGUUUUCCCAGUAUUGCGAGGAACGCUUGGAUAGAACUUUCAAGAAUGGUCAUAGAACGCAACCUCCCAGUUGGUUGGAAUUGCAUUCCAUUAAGAAGAAGGAACCGAUCGUUGUCAGGGUUACAUUCAUGGAUAAAAAAUCGGAAGAGUAUGAAGUUGAUUCUGCGACGACCGCGGAAGAAAUCUGCAAGGAAAUAUCGACUAGUCUCAAUCUGAUGGAUAACUUUGGAUUCUCUUUGUUCAUUACUGUUUGCGAUACAGUCAUGUCUUUGGGAAGCGACACUGAGCAUAUUAUGGAUGCGAUUUCGCAAUGCGAGCAACACGCAAAGGAUCAAGGCAUUUCGGAAAAGUCUGUGCCGUGGAAACUGUAUUUCAGGAAGGAGAUCUUCGUGCCAUGGCACGAUGCGACAACGGACGCGGUUGCGACAGACUUAAUUUACUGCCAAAUUAUGAACGGCAUCAAACACGGAGAGUAUCGUUGCUCCAAUGGAGAUAUCGCCGCAAUUGCAGCUCAGAAAUACUACAUCGAUCACGGAAUCAAUAUGAACGAGAAGGUCUUGAUGAAAGUAAUCGGCGAUUAUAUUCCCACUAAUUUGUAUCAGAAGGAUUCCUCUUGGGACAAGAAAAUUGUAGAAGCGUUCAACAAGAGCAGUUGCGUGAAGAAUAAGAAAUCUCCUAUUUCUGUUAAGGAGGAUAUCGUCAAGUACGCUAAAUUUACGUGGCCCAUUCUCUUCUCCAAGUUCUAUGAGGUCAUCAAAACUUCUGGACCGGAGCUGCCCAAGAACAACAUGAUCUUGGCCAUCAACUGGACGGGAAUUUAUAUGAUCGAUGAUCAGGAGCAAAUCUUAAUGGAACUGAUGUUCUCGGAGAUUUCGUACAUCAGCUUCGAAACCAAUUCGAACAUCCCGACAUUCUCACUUAACACUAUUCGAAAAGAGGAGUACGUAUUCAAAAGUUUAGAAGCGAAGCAAUGUCACGAUUUGAUCCUUUACAUCAUCGAUGGUUUGAAGAAGAGAUCGGUGUACGUUGUUGCCGUACAAGAUUAUAAGCAUCCGAGCGAAAAUCCCUCGUUCCUGGUUAUUAAACGAGGUGAUUUGAUUGUGCUGAAGAACGGGUUGAACGGUGAGAGCAUUGCUAAUGCCAGUUGGGGUUACGGAGAACUCAAUGGAAAGGUCGGUGACUUCCCGAUGGAGCAAGUUCAAAUUUUACCGACUCUGCAUAAACCUCCAGCAAGUAUUCUAUCUGCAUUCAAGAAGGAAGGAAUCUUCGACAGAAAGAUGACCAAGAAUGUGAUGGCAACGAUGCAGCGAUUGAAAUUGUACACCCUAGCCAGUUACGCAGCCGAUCAUUUCAGGAACGUGCGAAAACACACUACUGCAAGGACUUCCGUUCUCACUGCAGCUCGAAGAACAUCGAAGGAGGAACUAUGGACGUACACAAACGUUCCAAUUAGACAGCCGUUACUGGAGAAACUAUUCGAACACGACGAACUAUCAAAGAACGCCAUAGAAUCUUUCAUGGCAAUUAUGAAAUAUAUGGGAGAUCUUCCCGCGCCUAAACCUAAAAUAAGCAGUGAAUAUACGGAUAUUAUCUUCGAAGGCGCUCUGAAGCACGACCUGCUCAAGGACGAAAUUUACUGCCAGAUCAUGAGGCAACUGACUUUCAACAAGUUCAAUUUGAGCGAGGAGCGCGGCUGGGAUUUGAUGUACUUGGUGACAGGAUUAUUUGCCUGCAGUCCUCCGCUCAUAAUUGAGCUCAAUAAAUUCUUGAAUUCACGCACUCACCCGGUCGCUGCGCUUUGCACAGAGAGAUUGGCUAAGAUCCAGAAGGUCGGACCAAGAAUCAAAGCGCCGUUCUUCGUCGAGGUUGAAGCUAUUGAACAUCGAACCACGCAGAUAUACCACAAGAUCUAUUUGCCGGACGACAACGAUGAAGCUAUGGAGGUUGACUCGAUGAGCAAAGCGUCAGAUAUUUGCAGUGCUAUUGCUUCACGUUUAGCACUGAAUUCAACCGAUGGCUUCAAUCUGGUUGUGAUGAUGUCCGAUAAAGUAUUCACAAUUCCGGACAACUAUUUCAUUUACGACUUCUUGCAAGAACUGUUCGAAUGGUUGAAGAGGAGCAAACCGACGUGGAACAGUGCGGCUCAAGUGCAGGCCGCCUUCCAAAUCUUCUUCAUGAAGACGGUAUGGAUGAACACUGUACCAGGAAAGGAUCCAGUCGCCGAUUACAUAUUCCACUAUCCUCAAGAGCUUCCCAAAUACUUAAGAGGCUACCACAAGUGCACGGUGCAAGAAGCCGUGCAAUUAGCAACGUACAUCCUUCACGUCAGAUACGAAAACAAUGCGUUCGGUGCUUUAGCAGCGCUUCCGAAAAUUCUCAAAGAAAUUGUUCCGGCCGAUGUGUACAAGAUUAAAUCUUCGAGCGAUCUGCGUAAACUAAUAACGAACGCAUUCAAUGCAGGUGGCAACAUGACGGUGGAAGAGGCUAAACUGAAAUUCCUCAAGGUGCUUCAAUCUUGGCCGACUUUCGGAUCGGCGUUCUUCGAAGUUAAACAAACAUCGGAACCCAGUUAUCCGGACAUUGUAUACUUCGUUAUCAACAAAACCGGAGUUAACAUUAUGCAUCCACAAACAAAGGACAUACUGAUUACAUACGAAUUCUCCGAAUUGAACAAUUGGUCUUCGGGCAACACCUAUUUCCAAUUGACCAUUGGAAACGUCAUGACCAAAACUAAAUUCUUGUGCGAAACUCCGCAAGCGUACAAGAUGGAUAAUUUGAUUAAUUCUUAUGUGGAUUUCAUAAAUAAGACUAAAAUUAAGAAAAGUGGACCUUUCGUCUUUUAAGCAAAUAUUGGAUUAAGGAUUAUG